AUGAGGCCCCUGUGGCUGUGCUGGGCGUUCUGGGCGCUGCCCCUGACGGGCCCCGGGGCCGCCCUGACCGGCGAGCAGGUGCGGGCCAGCCUGCUGCGGCAGCUGGGCCUCCGCGAGGCGCCCGUCCUGGACCAGCGCGACGUGGAGGGGCUGGUCACCCCGGCCCACGUGAGGGCCCAGUACGUGGCCCUGUUGCAGCGCAGUCACGGCGCCCACUCCCGCGGGAAGAGGUUCAGCCAGAGGGUCCGAGAGGUGGCGGGCAGGUUGCUGGCGGCCGAGGCCUCCACGCACGUGCUGGUGUUCGGCAUGGAGGGGCGCCUGCCGCCCAACAGCGAGCUGGUGCAGGCCGUGCUGCGCCUCUUCCAGGAGCCGGUCCCCAAAGCCGCGCUCGGCAGGCUCGAGCGGCUGUCCCCGCACGGCGCCCGCGCCCGCGUCACCGUCGAGUGGCUGCGCAUCCACGAGGACAGCUCGAACCGCACCUACCUGGUGGACUCCAGGCUGGUGUCCCUCCAGGGGAGUGGCUGGAAGGCCUUCGACGUGACCGAGGCCGUGAACUUCUGGCGCCAGCUGGGCCGGUCUGGGCAGCCGCUGCUGCUGCAGGUGUCCGUGCAGAGGGCGCACCUGGGCCCGCGGGCCUCGGGCGCCCACACGCUGCUCCGCUUCGCGUCCCAGGGCCAGGAGGGCACCGGGCAGGGCGAGCCCCAGCUGGAGCUGCACACCCUGGACCUCGGGGCCUACGGAGCUCAGGGCCACUGCGACCCCGAGGCGACAGAGGGCGCCCGCUGCUGCCGCCAGGAGACCUACGUUGACCUGCGGGGCAUGCGGUGGGCCGAGAACUGGGUCCUGGAGCCCCCGGGUUUCCUGGCCUACGAGUGUGUGGGCGCGUGCCAGCAGCCCCCGGAGCCCCCGACCUUCAGGCGGCCGUUCCCGGGGCCGCGACAGUGCGUGGCCUCGGAGACGACCUCGCUGCCCCUGAUCGUGGGCGUCAAGGAGGGCGGCAGGCCCAGGCCCCAGGUGGUCAGCCUGCCCAACAUGAGGGUGGAGAAGUGCAGCUGCGCGUGGGACGGGGCGCCCGUGCCCAGGAGGCUGGGGCCUUAGGGCUGGCCGUGGCCUCC